AUGGUGCACUGCGCCCCUGGCCAGAACUCCUCUCGCAGCAUCUCCGAACACUUUCCCUUCGCUCAGUACGUGGCGGGGCGCGUGAGAACAUCGGAGUCCGGAAUGGGCCAUCCCGCGGGCGAGGCCGUGCGCGCUGCAGUCGGCCAGGCGCUGGUUGACUGUGAGGGAGCCUUGGGUGCCGUUCGGGACUGUCUUGAGAUGGAAGUGCAAGGCAUGGAUGAGUCCGCAAUGCAGAUUCUUCUGCAUUGUACAAGAUCAUGCGACGCCUUGUGCGACAAAGCGGUAAAAGCCAAAUGCCCAGAGAUUCUCCUUGACUUCAAGGAUUCUCCGAAGGGAGCCUCGGCACUCCUCACUCUGGCGACCGUUGUCACCACCGUCCACUCAGGCCCAUCCACGGUUUUAGGAUGGAAAGUCGGCCCGGCGUGCGAAGUUAUCAAAUCCCUGCUUUCCCUUUUGCACUCGUCCGUGCGUAACGACCCCCAGCUCGCCUGUGCCGCCUGCGUAGCCAUAUCUGCAUAUCUUCGAUGCACGAUCAACGCGAUUCUCGAGCGAUGGUCAUCUCCCAAUACCGGAGCUGCCCGAAGGAUGGACGCCUCCAAAGAUGUCGUACUGCCUUUCAUGGAGCUCUUCACUGAGGUCAGGUACCGCUGGCGGCGCUGCGCAAUAUUUUUGCCCUAG